UAGCCAAAAGAACAUUUUUAAAAGGCCAGGCACAGUGGCUCACGCUUAGCGCUUUGUGAGGCCGAGGCAGGCAGAUCACCUGAGGUCAGGAGUUCAAGACCAGCCUGGCCAACAUGGUAAACCCCGACUCUACUAGAAAUACAAAAAUUAGCCAGAUGUGGUGGCAGAUGCCUGCAAUCCCAGCUACACCCAGCUGAACCCUGAAGGAGGAGAGGUUGCAGGUUGCAGUGAGCCGAGAUCAUGCCACUGCACUGCAGCCUCGGUGACACACCGAGACCUUGUCUCAGAAAAAAAAAAAAAAAGAAAACUGCAAGAAACUUGUAUGUGCAUUAAGGGACGGAUUAAAUCGGUUUAACGGAGCACUAGCGAAAUUUUUUUUUUUUUUUUGAGACGGAGUUUCGCUCUUGUGACCCAGGCUGGAGUGCAAUGGCACCAUCUUGGCUCACCGCAACCUCCGCCUCCUGGGUUCAGGCAAUUCUCCUGCCUCAACCUCCCGAGUAGCUAGGAUUACAGGCACGCGCCACCAUGUCCAGCUAAUUUUUUAUAUUUUUAGUAGAGACGGGGUCUCAUCAUGUUGACCAAGAUGGUCUCGAGCUCUUGACCUCGUGAUCCACCCGCCUCGGCCUCCCAAAGUGAGCCACCGCGCCCGGCCGGGAAUUUUUUUUUUUUUUAAUUGCAUUUAAGUUUGCAGCGAGCCGGGCCAAUCGGUUUUGCCAACGCAUGCCCACGUGCUGGCAAACAAAUGUAAACACUGAGGUCCUGUGCUGGUUUCGUGAUGGGCAACUGUGCUGCUGUUUCUUUCCGCCGCGGACAAGGUCGGCUGCAAAGGUGGCCCCCGGCUAGGGAGAGCUCUUCUGGCUGUGGAGACACCCGCCCACCCAGGGGAAAUACUGGGGCUCAGAGGCCGCCCCCCAGCUAGUGUCCGGCCUAAACACAUCGGCUCCCACAGUUGAGAAAGGUCCUGGGGCCUGAGUCGCCAUUUCCGGCUCAGACCUCGACCCGGGAACGUGGGCUGCCCAAUGCCACGCCCACUACGUCCCAGUGGUCCGCCCUGAGGGACAAGGGGCAAGAAGUGGUUUUCGGAGAAAGCGGCCGAAGGCUAUUAGGUCCCUGGUUCUUCCCAGCUAGCAGAGAUCCUGAGACGCUACCCGGCCGCCUGGCCCCCGGCUUCCAGGCCGACGUUCAUGUUAGCUUCGGCGAGUCCACCUCUCUUUUGCUCCUCCCAGAAGACCGCCUCGGGUCCCGGGCACAGCCUUGUCCUGGGGGUGUUCAGGCGGCGCCUGGCCGGGUUCCCAGACGCCUGGGCUCGCUCAUAGGCCCAGAGCGCCACGGCCCGCCCAGGUCAGGCCGGCGCGGAGCCGGAGGCGGAGCCAGCGGGUUCGCGCCAAAAUAGCGUAGCUGGUCCUUCCCCCGCGGGCUACGUCGCGCCCUCUUUUUUUUUUCAAACCCGGAGCUGGACGGGGAUUGGUGGACUAGGAACUCACGUGGUUAACGGUCGCGGGAAGCCGCGGAGCCCGAACCUGAGACUGGAUCUGAGGAGCCCUCAGCUUCGGUGCUUCCACAGUUCGCUGCUCCCACUGGGCCCCUCUCAGCCGGACAGUCCGCGUCGCAGUCGCCGCCACCGCCCGCAGUCCGAGUGCCCGGGAGCCGCGGCUACCCGCCGCGAAGAGACGCCGCGACCGGGCGCGCCCAGCUGCACGUGGCGGACCCGCCCCCUGUCCCGCAGUAUCCUGGACCCCGCGGGCCUCCGCUCUCCAGUCCUCGGCCCCGGCCCCAGGGCCACGAUGAGCUUCCUGAGCCGGCAGCAGCCGCCGCCGCCCCGCCGCGCCGGGGCCGCCUGCACCUUGCGACAGAAGCUGAUCUUCUCGCCUUGCAGCGACUUUGAGGAAGAAGAGGAAGAGGAGGAGGAGGGCAGCGGCCACAGCACCGGGGAGGACUCGGCCUUUCAGGAGCCCGACUCGCCGCUGCCGCCUGCGCGGAGCCCCAUGGAGCCUGGGCCCGAGCGCCGCCGCUCGCCCGGGCCGGCCCCCGGGAGCCCUAGCGAGCUGGAGGAGGACCUGCUGCUGCCCGGCGCCUGCCGGGGCGCGAACGAGGCGGGCGGCGGGGCGGAGGGCGACUCGUGGGAGGAGGAGGGUUUCGGCUCCUCGUCGCCCGUCAAGUCGCCGGCAGCCCCCUACUUCCUGGGCAACUCGUUCUCGCCUGUGCUCUGCGGUGGCCCGGGGGAUGGGUCGCCGCGGAGCUGCGGGGCGCGCCAGGGCCCCUGCUCGCCGCGGCCCGACCACCCGGGCACCCCGCCGCACAAGACCUUCCGCAAGCUGCGGCUCUUCGACACCCCGCACACGCCCAAGAGUUUGCUCUCCAAAGCUCGAGGAAUUGAUUCUAGCUCUGUUAAACUCCGGGGUACUUCUCUCUUCACGGAUCCAGAAAAAUCAGGAAAAAGGGAAUUUGAUGUGCGACAGACUCCUCAAGUGAAUAUUAAUCCUUUUACUCCAGAUUCUGUGUUGCUUCAUUCCUCAGGACAGUGUCGUCGUAGAAAGAGAACAUACUGGAAUGAUUCCUGUGGUGAAGACAUGGAAGCCAGUGAUUAUGAGCUUGAAGAUGAAACAAGACCUGCUAAGAGAAUUACAAUUACUGAAAGCAAUAUGAAGUCCCGGUAUACAACAGAAUUUCAUGAGCUAGAGAAAAUUGGCUCUGGAGAAUUUGGUUCUGUAUUUAAGUGUGUGAAGAGGCUGGAUGGAUGCAUUUAUGCCAUUAAGCGAUCAAAAAAGCCACUGGCUGGCUCUGUUGAUGAGCAGAACGCUUUGAGAGAAGUAUAUGCUCAUGCAGUUCUUGGACAGCAUUCUCACGUAGUUCGGUAUUUCUCUGCAUGGGCAGAAGAUGAUCAUAUGCUUAUACAGAAUGAAUAUUGUAAUGGUGGAAGUUUAGCCGAUGCUAUAAGUGAAAACUACAGAAUCAUGAGUUACUUUAAAGAAGCAGAGUUGAAGGAUCUCCUUUUGCAAGUUGGCCGGGGUUUGAGGUAUAUUCAUUCAAUGUCUUUGGUUCACAUGGAUAUAAAACCUAGUAAUAUUUUCAUAUCUCGAACCUCAAUCCCAAAUGCUGCCUCUGAAGAAGGAGAUGAAGAUGACUGGGUAUCCAACAAAGUUAUAUUUAAAAUAGGUGAUCUUGGGCAUGUAACAAGGAUCUCCAGUCCACAAGUUGAAGAGGGUGAUAGUCGUUUUCUUGCAAAUGAAGUUUUACAGGAGAAUUAUACCCAUCUACCAAAAGCAGAUAUUUUUGCGCUUGCCCUCACAGUGGUAUGUGCUGCUGGUGCUGAACCUCUUCCCAGAAAUGGAGAUCAAUGGCAUGAAAUCAGACAGGGUAGAUUACCUCGGAUACCACAAGUGCUUUCCCAAGAAUUUACAGAGUUGCUGAAAGUUAUGAUUCAUCCAGAUCCAGAGAGAAGACCUUCAGCAAUGGCACUGGUAAAACAUUCAGUGUUGCUAUCUGCUUCUAGAAAGAGUGCAGAACAGUUACGCAUAGAAUUGAAUGCCGAAAAGUUCAAAAAUUCACUUUUACAAAAAGAACUCAAGAAAGCACAGAUGGCAAAAGCUGCAGCUGAGGAAAGAGCGCUCUUCACUGACCGGAUGGCCACUAGGUCCACCACCCAGAGUAAUAGAACAUCUCGACUUAUUGGAAAGAAAAUGAACCGCUCUGUCAGCCUUACUAUAUACUGAGCUACUCAUUUCCCACCUCCCCCUAUAAACUGUGAUGAGAGGAAGCUAGGUUGGAAUCAGUUUGCAAUUACUUUUCUCAAUUGGUGUCAGUAGUUUUACUGAUUAGGCCUUUUAUUGUGAAUUACAGUUGAAAGCUGUAUUUUGACCAUUGCUGUGUCAGGCUUUCAUCUAAUCUUACCAGUGUGUCUUCUGUAGGAUGUGUCACUGUUGGAUGUUACACCAGCCUUUCCAGGGUUAACCACUGUGGUGGUGUGCUGCUUAUAGUUUGCUGUUGCAUUGUAAUAAAAGGUGUCUUUCCCUGUAGUGACCUGUAAAAAGAACUCAAGGGCUUUAUUACAGACAUACUAUCCCUUUGAAAAGGGACGUGCUAAAAGACUCAUUACUACUCAGCCUUCAAUGUACCUAUGUGUCCCUCUUAUAUUUCUUUUUUUUUAAAUUGUGAAUUAUACUUGUAUAUCCCACUGGGAGCACUUUGUAGGCAUUGCAUGAACCAUGGGAUGAUAAUUCUGUGGAAGUAUUGCCUUGUGAAUUUGCUGCUAUUUUAGUUUUGUCUUUGCUGUAAACUUGUAGCAUUAAACAAUCAUUGUUGUGAAUAAGUUUUCGAAACAAUUAUGUGAAAUGUAUGGCUGGUUUUGAUGAAAAGCAGCCAUUUGCCUUUUUUUUUUUCCUUUGAACUUUGAAGCUAGUGCAUUGGAAAAAUGCACCCCUACCCCCCUUUGGAAUGCUGUAUUAAUAUAGUAUAAUAAUUACUGGUUUUGUAAGGUUUUCUGGUAAUGUCCUUCCCUGACUCCUCUAAAAUGUCUUCCCCCAAGUUUUGUACUUGAUUGUAUUGUUAGUCUGUUUUUAAAUGUUUCGCCUGGUUUCUCUUCAAUUAUUUGUGUAUAUAAACUGAUCUUGAUGUUACUGUACAUAGCUGUUUGAAAUGCCAGAAUGACUUCUGACAUUCCAAGUUUUUCACAAAAUAUAUUUUAUCUGUGAUUAGCCAUUUGACUAAUAAUACUGGCUAACAGAUGUUGAAAAAAAAUUGUCUAUUGUUUGUCUCAUUAAUUUUGGUCUAAAACAUGUUUGCACUUGUCUUUGACUUGUGUUUUAUUAACAUGGAUUGGCAUAUUAAAAGUCACUCUGAGCUUA